AUGGGGGAUACUACCCCCAUGGAAACUGACGACGGGAGCCUGGAUCAGUCCGGGCCCCAGCCGAAUACCACUCCGGAGACCCACAUGGCUCCGGAGUCGAGCGAGCAACCCUCUUCAAGGGAAGGGGGAGUGCCGACUCCACCGGCGACCUCUAUCAAUCCGGAGGUGCCGGAUAUGUUGAGGGAAGCACUUCAACGUGCUUCCGUCAUGGAAGAGCACCGUACCCUGAUGGGUACGGUGGUUGAGAAGGUUCAGUCUGCCAAAAGCGAUCUGAACGAAGCUUUCACUAGCCUGUUAACAGGUUUUGAGGCUUCAUUGUUGGCGGCUUCAGCUAAGGAUGCUGAAGUGUACGAACUGCAGCAGAAACUAAAGCUGGCUGACGAUGAGAUCGAUCGUAUUAACAAGCGGUUCAAUGAGGCCCAAGGCAAUGCGACCGAGGUCGAGGCCCUCAAGAGUGUCCUUGCUGAAGCCAAGGAGGAGGCGAGGGCAAGCAAAGCAGCCACAGAGAAAGCGGCUGCGGAUGUAGAGGCCGAAAAGGCCGCCCGCCUUCAGUAUGAGGCGAGGGUGGCCGAAGUCGAGCAAGCGCUCCAGGACGCCGCCAACAAGUGUGAGUCCUUGGAGGAGAGUAACAAGGCCCAAGCGGCCGAACUCACCAAGGCUCUUCAAGCUACAAAGGAGGCGCAGUCCGAGUCCCGGGCGGCUCGCGAGGAGAUCAAGCAAGCCAAAUAG